AUGUCUGGAUCUAACACCCCAACCACCAAGGUGAACACCGGCGGUGAUGAGACCAUGCAUAUCACUGAGGAAUACAAAGAGUGCGUGAUCGAGGAAAUUGUUUCUGCUGCCGAGGAGGAAUCAUCCGCGCCUCCUCCAGGCCAGCUUCUGGAUGGGUAUGAUGACAUCGAUAUGCACUACGUUGAACGUGGUCCACAUGGAUACGGCAUCUACGGCUUCGGCGAGCGAGUCGAGGACCCGUGGGAGUACCUACCAGGCGGGCAUCAUCCAGUGCACCUUGGCGAUACCUUCUACAACUACAAGGUCAUCAACAAGCUGGGCAGCGGCGGAUUUGGGACCGUGUGGCUCUGCCGUGUACUGGAAAAGGACCCUACGGAGUACGUUGCGCUCAAGAUCAUCCGCGCCAUGAACUCUGGUGAGGAUAAUGCGGAGCUACUCAAUGUCCGCCGCUUGCUUAAGCUUGCGGAGACUGACCCGGACGUCGAGAAGUACUGUUUGCUUCCGCUGGAUCGGUUCGAGCUUGAGGGCGUGAAUGGGGUCCACCAGUGCUUUGUUUACCCGGUUGCUGGGCAGGCAGUCCAAGAGAUCUGGAACAAUGUGAAGGAUCCAGAAGAAUAUCUGCGCAGUUUGACUCGUCAGACUGUGGAGGCCAUGGCGAUGUUUCACAGGCAUGGAAUUUGUCACGGAGACUUCCGACCUUCAAAUAUCCUUCUUCGCCUUGAUGGCCUGAACGGAGCCCGAGAGGAGGAGGUUGAGGAUCUGCUAGGCCCGGCCGAGACGCUUGAAGUUAUUCCAUUCACAAACAUGGACAAGAAUGCACACCCCCCUGGGUACCUCGUCAAGGCAGUCGAGUUUGAUGGCCAUUUCAAUGCCCGGUUUGCUUCAGAUAAGAUCUGCGUGAUCGACUUUGGAGAGUGCUUCGAGAUAUCAAACCCACCAGAAAGGGGAGCCAUUCCGUACGAGUACGCCUCGCCGGAACUUGCCCUUGCUGACCAGUGUGGGACCCCCAGCGAUAUCUGGGCGCUUGCCACCUCGAUAUUCGAGAUCCGGACGGGCUAUAAGCUGUUUUCCAUGGAGGCACUCAAUAUGUACUCAGCCGGAAAGCGUCACUACAAGUCGCGCGAGCAUCCGACUACUUACGCGUACUGGAUCAUCAAUAAAUGCGGGAUGCUUCCCGAACCGUUCUGGUCAAAAUGGUCUCCCAAAUGGAGGAAGUGGGAGCUCCGCUACGGUGUCCCCGUUGAGGAGGUUGAGGAGAGGUCCUUGGACCACGCACAAGUCCGGCUAGAAACGAUACGUGAAGGGACAAGUCGCAAGGUUGGCCAUCUUCUCAGACCGCUCCGUGCAAAGCGUGGGUGGCGUGCGUCACUUACUGACGAGGAACGGAUGCUUUUUGAAGAUCUUGUCUUUAAAAUGACUGACUACGAUGUGUCUAAGAGGUUGACAAUGGAGGAGGUCCUUCGCCAUCCCUGGCUUUCGUACGGGGUUGGAAAGGCCUCAUUGGUCGAGGUUCAUACAACGGAACCAGUUCACGUCAACGUUCGUCAGCCCUAUGGCAGUGGUAAUGAUGCAUCUUUUGAACACAACGAGGUCCAAUGCACCACGGCUGGCACCCUAGAGGUAGAGGAUGUAGAUAUGGCCGAGGCACCUGCAACGGUGAUUCCAGACCCGGUUGAUGGCCCCCAACAAAAUGGCCUUGAAGCAGGCUUUUCAAAGGGGGAUAUCCAUCAACAAUCGGUCGAGAUCAACCUACCGCAGUCACAGGAAAGCAGCACGCCCGCUGCUCAAGAGCCUAGCAAGUUUGGGCCUACAUUGGAGCUGAACGUGGUGCGAGAGGGGGUGUUUGCUGUUUCGACGUGGCUUCGCACGACCGUUGGCAAGGCGUUUCAAUCGAUGAUAGCAUAA